AUGUUUGCUAACGGUAAUCAGUCUAAUUUCGCCAAGCCUGCUGGCCACGGCAUACUACCCAUCCCGAAGAAGUCUCGGAUUAUCAAGACUGACAAGCCGAGACCGUUCUUGUGUCCCACGUGCACAAGGGGAUUUGUCAGACAGGAGCAUUUGAAGAGACACCAGCAUUCGCACACCCGUGAAAAACCGUAUCUUUGUAUCUUUUGCGGUAGGUGUUUUGCUCGUAGAGAUCUAGUGCUUAGACACCAGCAGAAACUACACGCCGCUCUUGUAGGGACGGGUCACCUGCAGCACAUGGCCCCGUCACCGAGCCCCAGUGCUUCGUUCGCCCCCAAGCGCCGCCAUUCAGUGACUGCAGACGACCCGUCUGACCUUCACAUCAUUAAAAUAGCCGGGAACAAGGAAACAAUUCUGCCCACCCCGAAGAACCUUACCGGCAAGACCCCUGAAGAGCUGAAGGAGGCCGUGGUGGCUCUGGCCAAGUCAAGUAACCUGGACUUCCCCACCCCGACCCCUUCGACGAGCAGCGAACAAGCAGAAAUGGCUCCCAGGAAGACAAAUUCUCUAGCGUUGCACCACGCUAAAGAAGCUGGGGUGAAAGACGUACCGAUCCAUUCUGCAUCCAGUGGUGACAUUCUCGAGAAAGUACGCACCCCUUCCACCCCAUCCUCCAUGCACAAGACGAAAAGACACGCGUCCUUUUCUGCGUCUAGUGCGAUGACUUACAUGUCCAACGACAACAGUCCUCGCCAUACUAUCACCAACUUCGAACUCAUCGAAGAAGCUCCGCAUCAGGUCGGAUUCUCCACUCCUCAAAUGACUGCCAAGCAACUCAUGGAAACCGUUUCCGAACUGGAUAUGCCCCCACUGACUCUAGACGAUUCGUCGCAGGCCAUCAAGUUUAAUUUGAACUUGUUUAACAAUGAUGCUUCUGAGCAGCAACAGCAACAGCAGCUGCGCUCCACCUCCGCUACUAUCGUAAACAGCAACAAUGGCAGCACCAUUGCUACGCCCGGUGUUUACCUUUUGAGCAGCGGCCCCUCUUUGUCAGAUCUCCUAACGAUGCACUCCACGCAUGCGGGUGCAGGCGGGUACACAGCAAGCCACCAUUCGCCAUUAGAUUUGGGUUGUUUCAACCAUAAUAAACGGACGUCUUCAGAAUUUAACCUGCCUUCGAGUUUCUCGCAUAGUAUAGCAUCGAACUCCAUUACUGCUUCUAACAGUUUCAGCAAUUUGGCGAACCAAUCCUAUAGGGAAAUGAGCAAUGAGAAACCACUCGCGUCGCUAUCUCCAAGACAUCCGCCAACAAGCGUGUCAGAUUCGUCCUCCACGGUGCAUUUCAACGCUAGCACCAAUAAUUCAUUGGAACCGAUGAUGGGAUUUAACGACAAUGAUAGUAAUGUCGAUCCGGCUACCAUAAACGAUCAAUGGUUGUCUGAUUUCAUCAACAACGCCGAUCAAAAAUCCGGCUUCAAAAUUAAUUUUAACCAUUUCAAUGAUAUCGGCUUUACUUAUUCUCCGCCUUCUUCAAGGUCAUCAAUACCAAGCAAAUCGCACCCAAACCAGUCUGCCUCCUCAGUUGGGUCAUCUAACUCAGAAAAGAACACAUUAUCACCUCAUUUGAACUUGACCUCAAACGGGAACACGGAUUUACCAGUUACACCACAAAACCAAUUAAAGGAGCCUUCCCAAUCAGAUUCAAUAUCCCUGAGCUCCCAUAAGAGACGUCGGGAUAGCAUUAUGAUGGACUAUAACAUAUCCAAUCUUUUCAGCUCGAGACAAUUGGAUAUGUCAAAAGCUUUAUUUGAUACAGGGCUAAACAACGCUAACGCCGACGACGAUAAUCUCACUUUAUCAUAUACUAAUAACGCUAAUUCCACUGCGACGUACAAACAAUUGCCAGCGGUAACACCUUCAGACUUGUUGUCCCCAUUUUCUGUUCCUCCAACCUCACAAGCAGUUUUUACUAGCGAACUAAGAAGUAUGGUGUUAACAGAUAACAACAUCGAAUCGAAAGCUUUCCCCACAGUCGGUGAAUUGAAUGAUUACGUUGCUUACUAUAAAGAGGAAUUCCAUCCCUUCUUCUCCUUUAUUCAUCUUCCUUCUGUCGCACCCGACAUGGACAUUUAUCCCUUGUUACUAUCUAUCUCUAUGAUCGGUGCAUUAUAUGGGCUCCAUUCAACGCAUGCCAAAGUAUUGGCCAAUGUUGCAAACACCCAAAUAAAAAAGAGUUUAAAAGCAAGUGAAGCAGCCCCAGAAACGACACCGUUAUGGGUUAUUCAAACAUUUGUACUAUUGACGUUUUAUGGUAUUUUUAACAAGAACGCAUCUGUGAUAAAAGGGAUGAGUUGUCAGCUGAUGACAAUUAUUCGUCUUUUGAAAUCCACGCGGUUGAAUUUACCGUUAGAGUCAAUUUGCCAACCCCCCAUCGAGAGCGAUCACGUCAUGGAAUAUGAAAACAGCCCUCUUAUGUUUUCGAAAAUUAAAGCGCAAUAUACUUCGCCGGACCAAAUGAACAAAAACUAUCAGUAUUUCAUUUUGGCACAGUCAAGAAUCAGAACGUGCCACGCAGUGUUGUUGUUGUCCAAUUUGUUUUCUUCUUUGGUUGGUAUUAACUGUUGUUUCCAUUCAAUUGACUUGAAAUGUGGUGUUCCUUGCUACAAGGAGGAACUGUAUCGAUGCCAAGACUCCGAUGAAUGGACAAAAUUAUUAUCCCAAUACAAGAUCACAUUGGAUUCAAAAUUCUCAUUGAUUGAGUUAUCUAACGGUAAUGAAGCAUACGAAAAUUGUUUAAGGUUCCUGUCCAGUGGCGACGGUUUCUUUUAUAAACAUGCCAGGAUCUCAUUGAGUACAUGUCUUUCCUUACUGAUAUCUAUUCAUGAGAAAAUCCUAAUCGAAAGAAAUAAUGCCAGAAUUGGUGAUAACGAUGAUAACAUCGAGCUAGAUGAUAUUGAAUGGAAGAUCACUUCAAGACAACGGAUAGAUACAAUGUUAAAUUAUUGGGAAAAUCUGUAUUUGAAAAAUGGCGGUAUCUUAACACCCACCGAAAAUAGUAUUCCAACGAUAAAUGCUAAUCCAGCAAUGAGGCUAAUCAUUCCGCUAUAUCUAUUUGCCAAAAUGAGAAGAUGCUUGGAUUUGGCGCAUGUUAUAAAAAAGAUUUGGCUAAAGGAUUGGUCCAAUAUGAACAAAGCUCUGGAGGAGGUUUGUUAUGACAUGGAUUCGCUGAGAGAAGCUACAGAAUAUGCCUUAAGUUUAGUAGAUACAUGGACUUUUUUCCUCUCGUACCUUAAACGGGAUAAUUGCUUGGUCUUUAAGACUGCAGUUUUCACUACCACAUGCAUGUUCACUGCUGUACUAGUCAUUUCAGAGUAUAUGAAAUGCAUCGAGGACUGGGCACGCGAAUACAACGCUAGUAACCCUAAUUCAACAACAUUGAGUUUCGCAGACAGGAUCUUAUGGUUGGGGGCAGAGAAAGUCUUGAAAAGAUUACAAAUGAACCUGAUACCGAAAGAGUAUGACAUUUUAAAGUCGUAUACCGAUUUUCUAAGAUGGCAAGAUAAGGAUGCGUUAGAUUUAUCAGCAUUGGAUGAAGCGCAAGCAGAGAGAGCCAUGGAUCCUAGUACCGAUAUAAAUGAGACGAUUCAAAUGAUUAUCGCAACAAGCCUAUCCUCCAAGUGUCUGUAUUUGGGUGUUAGAAUACUGGGUGACGCACCAAUCUGGCCCAUUACUCUAUCGUUCGCUCAUGCAUUGCAAUCUAGAGCCAUAUAUAGCGUUACAAAAAAAAAAAACAUUAGAAUUUAG